GGGGCCUGCCGCCGCCGCCGCCGCCGCCGCCGCCGCCAGGUGGUGUUUGGACACUAGACCAUGUGCCUAGGUAGUUUUUCCUUUCUCCGCAGCUCUACUCCCCCAGCAACGCUCACCACACCCUUGUUUUGAGAACCUCACUAAGCCUUUGCCCGCAUCCAGCCAUGGGGGAUAUGAAAACCCCAGAUUUUGAUGACCUUCUGGCUGCUUUUGACAUCCCAGAUCCCACCAGCCUUGAUGCCAAGGAGGCCAUCCAGACUCCCAGUGAGGAGAAUGAGAGUCCGCUUAAGUCGUCAGGCAUGUGUAUGGAUGAGAGUGUGUCCUUGUCUCAUUCAGGAUCAGUCCCAGAUGUGCCAGCUGUGAGUGUCAUUGUCAAGAACACUAGCCGCCAGGAGUCAUUUGAAGCAGAGAAAGAUCAUAUUGCUCCUAGUCUCUUACACAAUGGAUUCCGAGGCUCAGAUGUGCCUCCAGACCCCCACCACUGUGGGAAGUUUGAUUCUACUUUCAUGAAUGGAGACAGUGUCAGGAGUUUUUCUGGCAAGCUGGAGCCUCCCAAAUCAGAGCCAUUACCCACCUUCAACCAGUUCAGUCCAAUCUCCAGUCCAGAGUCUGAGGAUCCCAUCAAAGAUAAUGGGUUUGGGAUAAAGCCCAAACAUCCUGACAGUUAUUUCCCACCCCCUCCUGAGUGCGGAACUGUGGGGGGCCCAGUACUGGAGGCUUUGGCUAAAUUCCCAGUCCCAGAGCUACACAUGUUUGAUCACUUUUGUAAGAAAGAACCCAAACCAGAACCUCUGCCUUUGGAGAGCCAGAAGGACCACGACCAAGGUGGGCAAAAGGUAGUGGAGCCUCACAAAGAUCUGGAUUCCAGUCGAUUCUUUGGGGAAACUUUGGAGUUCAACAGUCACCCUAGCAACAGUAUUGGAGAGCACAAGAAGCUUGUCCCAGACCUUAACACUUGCUCGUCUGUUCCCCCUAGGCAGCGUCUUAAGCCAGCUCAUUCCAAGUUGUCCUCUUGUGUUGCAGCCUUGGUGGCCCUGCAGGCUAAAAGAGUGGCCAGUGUUACCAAGGAGGAUCAGCCUGGCUAUACAAAGGAUUCCUCAGGGCCCAUUAAAGAGGGUUCUAAAGGCAGCCCUAAAAUGCCCAAGUCACCAAAGAGUCCCCGUAGCCCUCUGGAGGCCACUAGAAAAAGUAUCAAGCCAUCGGACAGCCCUCGGAGCAUCUGCAGUGACAGCAGCAGUAAAGGCUCCCCUUCUGUGGCUGCCAGCUCCCCACCAGCAAUUCCCAAAGUCAGAAUCAAAACCAUCAAAACAUCAUCAGGGGAAAUCAAACGGACCGUUACAAGGAUCCUGCCAGAUCCUGAUGAUCCAAGUAAGUCCCCUGUUGGGUCACCUGUUGGGAGUACCAUUGCUGAGACUCCAAGCGAGGUGCCAGGGGAUGAGGGCACAGCCCUGCCUGAUGAGCACUUUCCUGAGGCAGGCACAAAUUCAGGGAGCCCCCAAGGCGACAGAAAAGGGGAUGAGACCAUGACAAAGGCCAGUGACUCUUCAUCUACCUGCCGCAGCUCUGGGCCCCGGGUCCCAAAGGGAGCUGCCCUGGCCUCACAGAUGAGCAAGAAACAACAGAGCACAGCACCACAGGCAUCAGCCCAGGCUCCUGCCAAUCUCUUGCCCAAAGCUGUGCACUUGGCCAACCUGAAUCUGGUCCCCCACAGUGUUGCUGCAUCUGUAACAGCCAAGUCCUCAGCCCAGAGACGGAGCCAGACUCAGCUCACACAAAUGUCAGUGCCCCUGGUACACCAGGUGAAAAAGGCCGCCCCACUAAUUGUGGAGGUCUUCAACAAGGUCCUCCACAGCUCCAACCCUGUGCCCCUCUAUGCGCCAAAUCUCAGCCCACCUGCAGACAGUAGGAUCCACGUGCCGGCCAGUGGGUACUGCUGCUUGGAGUGUGGAGACGCGUUUGCCUUAGAGAAGAGCCUGAGCCAGCACUAUGGUCGCAGGAGUGUCCAUAUUGAGGUGCUGUGCACACUGUGCUCCAAGACUCUACUUUUCUUCAACAAGUGCAGCCUGCUCCGGCAUGCCCGUGACCACAAGAGCAAGGGGCUCGUCAUGCAGUGUUCUCAGCUGCUUGUGAAGCCCAUCUCUGCAGAUCAGAUGUUUGUGUCAGCUCCUGUGACCUCCACAGCACCAGCAAUCCCAGUCCCUUCCUCCUCCCCCAAACCUGGCCCCUCUGUGGACAGUGCCAGCCCUCCACUUCCAGCCUUGCCGCUUUACCCAGACCCUGUGAGGCUCAUUAGGUACGGAACCAAAUGCCCUGAAUGUCACAAGCAGAUGCGGGAUUACAUGGUCCUAGCUGCACAUUUCCAGAGGACAACGGAGGAAACCGAGGGGCUGACUUGCCAGGUAUGCCAGAUGCUGCUGCCCAACCAGUGCAGUUUCUGUGCGCACCAGCGGAUUCAUGCACACAAGUCCCCCUACUGCUGUCCGGAAUGUGGGGUCCUCUGUCGUUCUGCCUACUUCCAGACCCACGUAAAGGAGAAUUGCCUGCACUAUGCCCGCAAGGUGGGCUACAGGUGCAUCCACUGUGGUGUCGUCCACUUGACCUUGGCCUUGCUGAAAAGCCACAUCCAGGAGAGACACUGCCAGAUUUUUCACAAAUGUGCAUUCUGCCCCAUGGCCUUCAAGACUGCCAGCAGCACCAUGGACCACAGUACCACCCAACAUCCCACCCAACCCCACAGACCCUCACAGCUCAUUUAUAAAUGUUCCUGUGAAAUGGUCUUCAACAAGAAGAGGCACAUUCAACAACAUUUUUACCAGAAUGUCAGCAAGACACAGGCAGGGGUCUUCAAGUGCCCAGAGUGCCCACUCUUGUUCCUGCAGAAACCGGAGUUGAUGCAGCAUGUCAAGAGCACCCACGGUGUUCCCCGGAACGUGGAUGAGCUGUCAAGCCUUCAGUCUUCAACAGACACAUCCUCUAGUCGCCCUGGCUCAAAAGCUCCCACUGAGCCCCCAGCCACGAAUGUGGCUGCUCGAGGUAGUUCCCUGCCUGCUGGUCGUUGGGGCCGGACAGAAGCCCAUCGGAGGGCUGAAGCCAGACCCCGAAUGAGGACUACUGGUUGGACCUGCCAGGAGUGUCAGGAGUGGGUUCCCGACCGAGAGAGCUAUGUGUCUCACAUGAAAAAGAGCCAUGGUCGAAUUCUGAAGCGGUACCCAUGUCGGCAGUGUGAACAGUCUUUCCACACCCCUAACAGCCUGCGCAAACAUAUCCGCAACAACCAUGACACAGUAAAGAAGGUCUACACUUGCGGGUACUGUACUGAGGACAGCCCCAGUUUUCCUCGGCCCUCCCUCCUGGAGAGCCACAUCAGCCUUAUGCAUGGUAUCAGAAACCCUGAUGUGAGCCAGACGUCCAAAGUCAGACCUGCAGGCAGACAUUCCUCUCAGGUGAACCAUCUGAAAAGACCAAUAAGUGAAGCAGAGGAUGUUCCAAGCACCAGGAAUGGUGCAGCUGUCUCUUCCACCAAAAGGCACAAGUCCCUGUUUCAGUGUGCAAAAUGUAGCUUUGCUACAGACUCUGGGCUUGAGUUUCAGAGCCAUAUACCUCAGCACCAAGUGGACAGCUCCACAGCCCAGUGUCUCCUUUGUGGUUUGUGCUACACCUCUGCCAGUUCCCUCAGCCGCCAUCUCUUCAUUGUUCACAAAGUAAGAGACCAGGAGGAGGAAGAGGAAGAAGAGAUUGUAGAGGUGAAGGUCGAGUCAGCAGAUCCUGAGGAGUGUUCUGGGGAGGAUGUGGCCAUGGAAAUGAGAGAGAAUGGACUGGAAGAAUGUGCCAGUGAACCUUUGGUGGCUGACCUAGAGGCAAGGAGAUCACUAUGCCUGGACCUGGAGGAAGAUGGUGCCCAAGAUGCUCAGAAUCAACCACAGGCCUCUCGGGACCAGGACAGCCAUGCACUAUCCCCUCCUCAGGUGUGACCAGAGGCUUUGCAGUGGUGGUGUUGGAACGGCCAUGGCGUCCUCCAUUUGCCCUGCAGACUGUGGGAAAUAAAAGGCUGUGCCCCAGGGUUUGUGUGGCCACUGUGAUCUGGAGCAGUGUUUGCUCUGAGCUGUGAUUCUAGAUGUUUCCUAGCCCCAGGAAAUGUAGGGUCACCCAGGACCCUCACAGCUCUGAAUUUAUUUCUGUUAUUUAUGGCUUUGUGCUGCUUCUUGGUACCCCAAUUCUCAUCUGUGUCUUUCUAACUCCAGGCUACUCUGUAGUGCAACCCCAGUGCUGUCACCUCAGCUUGAAAUCCCUCAGUGACUGUGUUCUUCUGGGUCCCCCCACUUGCUGCCUUUAGCAGGGGACUCCUCAGAGCUCUAUUUCCCAGCAGGCCCCAACUCUCCUUCCAGCCUUCACAGCCUGAGAAGGGGGGAGGGUUGAAGGGUACUGGCACAGUCCCUCGGGGAGAGUUCUUCCCAGCCUGGCUUGGUCUCCUUAACUUUCCUUCCUGUCUUCUUUGGUUCUUUUCCUCAGAAAUAGUCCUGGGGACUUAAUUGUCACACUGGCUCAUGUCUCUGGGUGGGAGAAACUUUAGUACACUUCUGCUUGCAACUGGGAUCAGCAGGAGGUGUGGCCAAAGUAGGCAGGUGCUGAGAGCCAGCCCCUUUUCAGAAGAAGCUGCAGAUGGCUGUCCUCUCUGCUGCUGGCCUGUAUUCUCUGAAGUGGGGCUUGGGGCACCCAGAUGUUGGGAUAUUUGUAUUCUUGCUCCUGUGCCAUUAGAGAGGCUGCUGCUGUAGGCAGGCCAGCCCCUCUUCCUCUCUGCCACACUCAUGUUGCUCAGACUAUAUUUCAAUAAUAAAAAAAAAAAUCUUCUUACCAUGCAGGCAGGCUCUUGUAUUCCUCUUCAAGUGAGCUGGCCCUUUCUUGUUCCACCUCAGGCUUUUCCCAGUUUUCCCUUGAUUGUCCCAUCUCUGAAGAAAAACAGUGUUCUUGAUGUCCAUGGAAGCUCCAGGCUUGGCCGCUUGUUAGGAAACCAGGAGCCCCUACUUCUUGGUUCUCUAGAGAGCAGAGGGAGCACCUCAUUAUUGGUUAUGAGACACCACAGCCUCCCCUGGCCUACUGGCAUUGGCUUAGUCCUAUUGAAAUUUUGGGUAACUUUUUCUCCAUAGGGUUUUCAACCUAAAAGACUCCUUUAUUGGUGAGGGGUUGGAAAGGAGGAAUUGUGCAACCUUCUGACAGCAUUCAGAGAUGGAAUUGCUGCCACUGGCAUAGAGAAUCCAGAUAUGACAGAAUUUAAAUUACAUUUGGGAGGUAGAGUUUUUCAGUCAUGGUGGAGUUAAGUGCUUGCCCAAGCACAAGGAAUACUCUGUGGGAGGUAUAUUCCAUCUUCUGACCCAACUGGCCUGGGGUUGGCCCUAGCAGGAUCUAGUGCAGUACAGGGAAAUGAGUGCUGGUUGGGUUGUUAGAGGUGAUCCUUCAAGGGAGGCAUGAAUAUCAGUUAUGAAUUAAGUUGGGUAAAUAUGCCUGACCUUUUCAGAAUGUGUUUCUCUCCCCUCCCCAAAUGCCAAAUUUUUAGUGAAAGGCUAAUGGUGGUGGGAAAGGUUGGUGCUUGCUUCAGCUCCAGAGACUGCUGCCUGUACCAUUUUUAAUGAGUGUUCUUUCUGGCAAGGCUGUCACCUCCCUUUUCCCCCUGCUGGCAGUGAGGCUGAGCCAGCUCUAUUGCAGCUGUCUAUAAAGCCUGAGCAAGCCUCAAUUGUUCCUCUCCUAGUUCCCAUUGCAGUGAACAAAUAUGUACCCUGGCUUCAUUCACAAGAACAGGUUCUUGAGGCUGAUAAAGGGCUUUGUGGUAGCUGAAUUCCUUCUUGUUCAGAAACCAUGAUAGCUAGAGCACAGGUGGAGGAGGUGAGGAAACUGAGGGUCUGCCUGACACUAAACAUGUCUUCCUGGGGUGGAAGAAUGCCAGACUGACUGCUCAGUAGUAAGUCUGGGUCAUGGCCUGGGUUCUGCCUGCCUUUAACCGACUCCUAACCUCACAGCCCCUGCUCCCAAAAUAGAGCGAGUAGCUCCCACCCACCUCUGUCAUGGGCUUUCAUGAGACCAUGAGUGGGUAAGCACUUUCUAGGUUCUAGAGUACUAUGUAUUUGUGGGGAGAAUGCACUUUCGGGCUUGGAGGGUGGGGCACUCUUCCUCUGCUCUCACUUGGAUUCUGGAUAUCAGUUAAGAAGUGGCCUGGCACACCUACCCCUGAUCCAGUAAUCAUAACGAUAAUAGUAUUUUAAGCCCUGCUUAUGUUCCCAGCAUUUUGUGGGGACUCAUUUAAUCCUUACAUGGAUAUCAGUUAUUCCCUAUUUUACAGAGAAGAAAACUUCCCAGGGAAGUUAAAUGACAGACAUGUUGGGCCACCUAUAAUGUUGGUGCUGAAUCAAGCUUGUCAACCACUGUUCUGCCUUAGUGACCAAGGCUGCUUUGGCUGCUGUCAACCUGUCAGUGGUAUGCAGCCACCCAAAGCCCACUUUUCUACUUUCCAAACAGGUAGGGUGCCCUUGCCCUAUAGUGUUAGGUCCUCCCUAGAGUCCAUCUGUGCCUUGUCACCCCAAGGAGGGCCCUACACAUGCACAGGCAGUGUCCUACAACCAUCCAUUCUCACUGGGGUUUACUUUGUUGUUUGAAGACCAUUUCUUGAUGACUAUCGAGAAGAGGUUGCCUGACUCUCCCAGGGAACACAUGAAUCUCUCAGAGCCCAAUAUCUUCUGAUCUCUUUCAUGAUGUUUUUAAUGGUUGUACUAUCAUUUGUCACCAUGAGAGAAUGCUUGCUGUAACAGGCACUUAACUGCUGCAGUGAAUACUCUACUGAUCAAGUUAGAUAAGAUCCCUACCCUCUAGAAACUACCAUUGAAUACACUGAGGCUUGACAAAUGACUAGUAUUUAUUCUCUAAAUGCUUUAUCUCUGUAAAAUGAUAUGCCGAAUUACCUUGAGCUAACUAUAUUGUAGAAAAAAAAUCUUUCCCCCUUAUGUAAACGGUCUGGGUUUUAAAUACUUACCAGUUGUGGCCCAAAGUGUUCCAUUCUUCUUUGCCCUUUCACAAACUGAGACACCUCUGUCUUUUUCACCACUGUACAUUCAAUACCAGGUAGCUCUUAUUUUUUGUUUGAAAAAUUGAUACAUAUAUAUGGGAAGACAUUCAACAAUAUGAAAUGAAAAGUGAACUUCCCGAUGGAGGUCAGUCUCCAAUCCCCUCGCCAGAGUUAAUCACUGUUAUCUAUAUCUUGUGUAUCCCCUCUUGAGCAAUUCUAUGCAUUUGCAAGUUUAUAAAUAUGUAUAUUUAUAUAUCUAUUUUUAAUACAAACAGUAGCAUUCUAUA